CAUUUUUUAAUCUUUAUUGUUGAUGUUGUGAGAAAAACUCGACUGAACUCUUUAAUUCAGUUUUUAUUAUUUUUAUUUUCCUUAUAAAAAGUUUCUAUCGUUAUAAUUAUAUUAUCGUUAUAUCGUUAUAUAUCCAUGGUUAUAAGUAACAAUAAUAUGAAUACUGGAGUUUGUCAGUAUUUGCCGCGGUAUUCUGCAGGGGCGGUUUCAGUUGUAAACAGUAGAGCUACCUGUACACACAUCCUUACAACAUUCUCUUCAAGAUUUGGAAAAUUCAACUUUUUAGAAUUUGACACGAUUUUUUUAUUUCUCCUGAAAGUCAUAUUUAUUUAGCUUGGGUUUUGUAUCGCGUUGGAGAUUUUCUACGUGUGUCGUCAUAUGACCAGUUUCUUCAUUUUAUCAUCAGAUAUUUUCAGAAAAAUGGAGUUUGCUAAACCUGGAGAUUUGGUGCUUAGUUCUGAAGUGUACAGUCACAUUGUAAAUGGAAAGGUUCGGAGUGAAGUCUGUGAUCAUUGUCUGAUCCGUCCUGGAAUAUAUUCUGAGAUCCAACCCGUCUCAAUCCUUAGAAGAUGCAGUAGUUGUCAGAUUGUGUAUUUCUGCAGCCGUGAAUGUCAGAAAAGUUCUUGGAAGGAGCAUAAAGUUGAGUGUGCAUACUUGAAGAAGAUUAGUCCGAGGAUACCCCCAGAUACAGUCAGGUUAAUGAUCCGGGUCCUACUAAAGCUCGAUAAAGGUGGUAUGCAUGGAGAAACCCUUCCAGACGGAACCCUGCGUAGGUUUUCCGAUCUUCUAACCCACGAGACGGAGAUACUCAAGUGCCCGAAAAGAUCUGAAGCUUUUCAGCAUUUCCUCCAACUUGUGGAAAUAUGCUUCAGCAAGGAGAAGUUCCAACCUACUCUUGUCUUUCAGGUGUACUGCAAGAUAUUGAUAAACUCUGUUGAUAUAACAGAUGAUAUGCAGGAGAGUGUUGGAACCGGUUUAUAUCUCGCACUCAGUGCUGUGGAUCAUUCUUGCAAACCUAAUGUAAACGCAAUCUUUAAUGGCCGGACGGUAGAAUUGAAAGCCCUUGAACCUAUCCCAGCUCCUUGGUUCGAUAACUGCAGAAUAUCCUACCUAGCUCCCGUCCUACCUAGAGACGAGAGAAGAAAGGUUCUCCAAGACCAGUAUUACUUCAAGUGUGAGUGUUCCUACUGCUCCGCGGAUACCCCUAGGAUUGAACCUAGCCUUCUUUGUCCUAACUGUGAUACCACCAUUCUUCUUAGCUCUGAAACCUGUGAUAAAUGUAGAAUAACUUUAACACUAGAUAGAAUAAAGGACUACUACUCAUGGAGUGAUCAAGCUCAGCAACUUCUCGCACAAAAUGCGUCAGAUUCGGAGAUCUUUGAAGUUUUCCUCUCCGGUGCCAAACUCUGCGGAACUAAUGACAGUGUGAUGUUGAAAGUAUCUGAGGAAACCUGGAAGCGUGCCUUGAACCUGGGAGAUAUGGAUCUCUGCGUAGAAGGAUUGAAACAGAUGCUUCCACUGCAGAGACUGUACUAUCCGGAGAACUCAAUUCUACUCUGGAACAGUCUGGCUUUGCUCUCUAAGGCACUUUUUAGCUUGGAGAGGGUUGAGGAAGGAAGAACAUAUUUCGCAGAGGCACUCUCCAUCCUUAAACUCUCAUACGGAGAGGAACAUAACCUCCACAAGUAUAUGCUCUCCUAUGUUCUGUGAGUAGGGGAGCAUAUUGUACCUGAACUCAGAAUUUCCUAUUUUCAGA